CACCGCCGUUAGAACCACGAGACCGAGUCGGACUCGACUCCGCACGCCUCGUAGUCUUCCCCCGACGCGAGCCGACGAGCACAAACCGCUACGCCACGCGCGCCGCCUUCUCCGGCCGCUUGCCGCCGUCCUCCACCGGAACUUGUCUUCCUUAUCCAAAUUAGUGCAUUGUAUUUAGAAAAUGGUUAUGGGUUUGAUAAAUGCUAACCCUGUAAUUCAUGAGAAAAAAGAGCGGCGUGUCCGACAGGCUCCGGAGACCACAGAUGAAAAUGCAACAGAGCCUAUAGACCAGCUAGAAAUAUUUGAUCAUAUUAGAGAUAUAAAGGACCCAGAGCACCCAUACUCAUUGGAACAGCUGAAUGUGGUAACUGAAGACUCAAUUGAACUCAAUGAUGAACUUAGUCAUGUCAGGGUUACUUUCACCCCAACAGUGGAGCACUGCAGUAUGGCAACUGUUAUUGGCCUUUGCUUACGCGUGAAACUCAUAAGGAGUCUUCCUCCUCGUUACAAGGUGGACAUAAGGGUGGCCCCUGGAUCACAUGCAACUGAAGCUGCUGUGAAUAAACAACUGAACGACAAAGAACGUGUUGCGGCUGCAUUGGAAAAUCCAAACCUAUUGGACAUGGUUGAGGAGUGCUUGUCACCAACGUUUGCCUGAGACCUGAAUAUAUCUGGGAACCACUGUGUUGAUAUUCCCAAGCCACUCAAGAUUAUUGCCCUAUGGAGUUGAAGCCGGUCUUUUUGAUAUGCCUUGGCUGUCGCAGGAGUGUGCAUGAAUUUUGUUGCUGUAUCUGGACAGUUCUUGGUGCUUGUGACCUCCCUGAGCGAAGGGAAAUGAUGAAAUCAGCUCUUGUGCUGUAGUUUUCAGAGUGUUGUCAAUUCUUAGGUACUUUGUGGCUGUCUACCACCACACAAUAAACUGAGCUUUGUAGGAGGAUUCUCCUCCAUUACAAAUUGUUUCUCUUUCUUCACUUUAGGAUGCACUAAGUUUUCAUCAAGAGAACGCGAGUUUCGUUUGUUGGCUCAA